CCUGAUAAAAUGUCCGAGCUAACGGAGGAACAGAUUGCCGAGUUUAAGGACGCCUUCGCCCAGUUCGAUAAGGAUGCAACCGGAAAGAUCGCCACCCGUGAGUUGGGCACCGUGAUGCGCACCCUGGGUCAGAAUCCCACGGAGGCCGAGCUGCAGGACCUGAUAGCCGAUGCCGACAGCAAUAGUAAUGGGCAACUGGACUUCAAUGAGUUCUGUGCCAUUAUGGCAAAGCAAAUGCGAGAAACCGACACCGAGGAGGAGAUGCGAGAGGCCUUCAAGAUCUUCGAUCGCGAUGGAGAUGGCUUCAUUUCACCAGCCGAACUGCGAUUCGUGAUGAUUAACCUGGGCGAAAAGAUCACCGAUGAGGAAAUUGAUGAAAUGAUCAGGGAGGCCGAUUUUGAUGGAGAUGGCAAGAUUAAUUACGAAGAAUUCGUUUGGAUGAUAUCCCAGAAGUAGUAUGCUGGUUUUUUUUUUGAGUUUACAAAAAUAAAAAAAUUUAUGGGGUCACUGCAA